UACAGGUGAGGUGGCUCCGCCCCCUUCACUUCCUGGUCACACCUGUUCAGAACAGGUGUUUAUCAGCCUUAUCACACACACACACACACACACACUCAGAGGAAACACACUGCAGCCAGCACGGCGAUGGCGGAGGCCUCAGAAUUGUUCUCGGAGCAGGAGUUGACGUGCUCCAUCUGUCUGGAUCUGUUCGAUGAACCCGUCUCGACUCCCUGCGGUCACAACUUCUGCCAGGCGUGUAUCGGCGGUUACUGGGCGUCCAGCCCGGUCUGUUCCUGUCCGCUGUGUAAGCGUCAGUUCGAUGAGCGUCCUCGGCUCAGCGUCAACAAAGUGUUCGCUCUCAUCGCAGAGAAGUACAAACUGGCUCGUUACGGCGCCGCCGGGUUACCGAUGCCGGUCAAGAACGGGACGCCAUCGCUGGCGGGCGCCAUGACGACGAUCGCAGACACCAGUGUCAGCACCAACCCGUUCCUGACAGUGCCGGGCGAGGAGGUGGUGUGGUGUGACGUGUGCACAGGUGUUAAACAGCCAGCUGUCAGCUCCUGCCUCACCUGCACCGCCUCGUACUGCACUGAGCACGUGCAGCCGCAUCAGACCACGCCCUUCUACGCCAAGCACCCACUGAUGGACCCGCAGGAGGCGCUCAGAGGCCGCACGUGCUCCGUACACCGCCGCCUGCUGGAGGUGUACUGUCGGACAUGUCAGAGCUGCAUCUGUGCCAUCUGUGUGCUGGAGGAACACCGGACACACAAAACCGUCUCUGUGCAGACCGAGAGACUCGGCAAACAGAAACAGGUGGCGAGGACGGAGCAGGAGAUCCUGAACCGGAUCAAAGAGAAGGAGGUCCACGUGAGCCAGCUGAAGAGGAAACUGGAGGUCGUCAAGAACUAUGCAGACGGCGAGCGGGGCGAGGUGGAGCGUCUCCUGGAUGACGUCUCCGCCUCGUUGGACAGGAUCCGGUCUGAGGUGGUGGGCGGGAUAGAGAGUCAGCUGGACGCCGUGAUGUCAAAGGGGGAGGGGCUGGUGAACCGUCUGGAGGCGGAGCUUGGCCAGUUGAUGGACAGGAGGGCCACGCUGGAGGUGCAGGCCAUCAGUCAGGAUCACAUCGGCUUCCUGCAGAGUUAUGAGGAGGCCACAGCUCCCCUGGUGGAGGAGCAGCAGGAGGUGGAUGAGGACGAGGAGUUCUCUCUUCACUUCCAGCUGGGUGACGUGAGGAGCGCUCUGUCAGAGGUGAAGGAGAAGAUGGACGACAUCAGGAUGGGGGAGGUCCGGUCUCGAGUGUCCCGAGGGUCAGUCUGGUCAGGUGACCUGAUGAUGGCAGAGAGCAUGCUCAGUCUGAGAGGAAGCCACGCCAGUCUGAGGAAGAGUCAGUGGUCUCUGAGAGAUCUGAAGAAGAACAAACCGAUCUCAGGACACAAGAAGGCUCGAGUCUACAUGGAGGAUGUGACGUUGAACCCGGUGACGGCGUACCCGUUCCUCAUCCUGUCUGAAGACAGGAAGCAGGUGAAGCGAGGCGAGAAGCUGCAGUUCUACAGAAACAGUCCGCAGCGUUAUGACGUCUGGUCCUGCGUCGUCGCUAAAGAAGGCUUCAGCACCGGGCGGCACUACUGGGAGGUGUCUGUCGGGGAGAGUAAGGACUGGAAGCUGGGCGUGGUCAGCGAGUCUGCUCAGAGGAAAGGUCUGUUCGACAUGAGUCCGUCCAACGGAUACUACGCCCUCUGGUGGAGCGGCAGCCAGCUGCGAGCGCUCACCACGCCACCGCUCACCAAGGUGAAGAAUCCUCCGAAGCUCCGUCAGGUGGGCGUCUUCCUGGACGUGGACGAGGGUCAGGUGUCCUUCUACAACGUGAAGUCGGGCUCUGAGAUAUACAGCUUCACCGGAUCGUCCGAGUUCACCGAGAGGAUGUUUCCUCUGCUCGGCACCGGAGACAAAGAAGUCCCGCUGGUCCUCAUGACCACCCAGCAGCACUUGACCUGAGGUGGACGGGACGGGACGGGACAAACCAGAUGAUGGGGGAGGAAGAAGGAGCAACGGGCGGCUAUGUCGGAAGGUGUCAAGCUCAGAACUUGAACCACCAUCAAUGACACACAACACAUGUGUUUCAGAAAGGUUCCUUUCGUUUGUUUAGUGUUCUAACGAGAUCAUUUAAGAGUGUUCCACAUUAUCAGCAGAUCAUGGUUUUGUUUCUGGUUCUUGCAGACGUUCUUUAAAUGUUCUACUGAGAACUCAAUGGAACUAAAAAAUAACAUUAAGUUGAAUCAAAAUGUAAAUCGUGUCUUAAUUAAGUGUGGAGUCAUGAUGAAAUCUGUAUCACGCCAAUCUUUAUGAUGUCAUCAUUUUUAAAGUUUUACUUCCUGUGUUCACCUGUAUGACACAAUGACAAAUGUUUAAAAAAACUAAAUAAAGAAAUAUUUUAAUCUUCAGUCAAUAAAAUGAAUUCAAAUCAUUUUAAUGUUUCACUUUUUUUUAACGCAUUGACAAGGUAAAAAAUGUAAAAAUGACGUAAACUUCAUGACUUCCUACAAUUCCCACAAUGCCUCUGAUGAGCUGUUACUGGUCUAUCACGUCUACUUUAUGUUAAUUUACUGCUAACUGAAUCAACAGAACUGGGCUCAGCAGCCGGACCAGGUUAGAGCACAACCGGGAGAAACGUUACAAUGAGGCGAUUCACAGACGUCAUGAUGAAACAUUGAUCAGCUCAGUCAGCCGUGUAGCUAACUGAACUGACUCAGCCCGGGAUGCCAGGAUCCAAACCCGGCAAGAAAACACCUGAUAGACUGCUGUGUUCACUGUUAGACUGGACACUGCCGGUUCAGAGG